AUGCAGUACCCCCUUAAGCACCUGGUAGCUGUGAAGAACUGUGUGAAGUACUACUGGCUCAGCCUUGCCCUGCUUGCUCGGCAGCAGAAGGAGCAGGCAUGGCUGUGUGACUGGCAGCAGACCUGCUCUGAUCUUGCUCUUUGUGAAUGUCAACACAAGCUUGUGCUUUUUGGUGCUGCUCCACACUGUGCCCAAGGCAGGACCCCACCUGGGAUGAACCGUGACUUCCCUCCAUAUGUCCCUCCACAUAUCCAUCCACCUCCCAAUUCUGUCCGGAAUGACCGGAGCAGGCCUAGUCUCAAGGAAGAGCAGGAUGUGCAGGAGCACAAAGCCAGCCGUAAGGAGGCGGGGAAGAUAAUGUUGGAGAAGAUCAGGAAGCUGCUCAGAAUUCGUAACAGUACCAUAAGGAGGAUGCUGGCAGAAGCACUGGGAAUGUUCAUCCUCAUGGUUUUUGGCUUGUCUUCUGUGGCACAAGUGGUAUUGGGAAAAGGAAACACUGGUCAGUAUCUGAGCAUCAAUAUGGCAUUUGGCAUUGGUACUACCUUGGGCGUCUAUGCGGCUAGAGAAAUAUCUGGAGCUCAUUUGAAUGCUGCCAUCACCAUAACACAGUGUGUUUUAGGAAACAUCUCCUGGACAACGGUUGCAGCUUAUAUCAUCGGCCAGUUCCUGGGCUCCUUUAUGGCAGCAGCCACCGUCUUUGCUCUCUACUAUGAUGCUAUUUACGACUACACCAAAGGGAACCUUACAGUGACGGGACCAACAGCUACAGCAAUGAUCUUCUCUACUUACCCUGCUCCCAAUGUAUCCUUGCAGGGAGCCUUCUUCACAGAGUUUACAGCAACAGUUAUGUUGAUCCUGGGUGUUAUGGUCAUCCAUGAUGAGAAAAACAAUGCUGCCAUUAAAGCCACUCAGCCUAUGCUCUCGGGUUUGCUGGUCCUGGGCAUUGGUCUGGGAAUGGGGCUGAACACAGGCUAUGCCAUAAACCCCUCCAGAGACCUGCCCCCUCGGAUCUUCACAGCAGUUGCUGGCUGGGGAACGGCCGUCUUCACGGAUGACCAUUCCUGGUGGUGGGUCCCAGUUGCAGCUCCAAUUCUGGGAAGUCUUUUUGGUGUUUUCAUCUACAAACUCUGCAUUGAUUUUCACAACCAACCUGACCAUGAAACUGAACACGAGAAAGAACAGGCAGUCAUGGAGAUUUCCACAUUAUGA